CGAUAAAUUUCAGUGAUAUGCAAUUCAAUGAUACGAAACGAUAAUUCCAAUAACCGGUCCGUUCACUUUUCAAUCCAAUCACUGAUUUCUUUCGAGAGCUUCCAUUGGACAGAUCGUAUCGUCACCGCUCCGGCAAAUUUCCGUGAUAUCGUAUCGAUUGUUAGUUUCUAUCGUGAUCCAAAACUUGUAAUCGAAAUAUCAUCAGUAAGAUCGUAUAAAGGAAUUGAAUCACACCCCUCUUUGAAAAGGAUUGAUCACUUGUAUUUGUGACUUUUUGAUAUUGGUUACGUAAUAACCGCUCUGAAAAUAUUCGUCAUCCCUAACUGGAGAUAUUGUUGAACGCUGUGAUGAUAGCCUUUGUUGCUAAAAAUCUCCUAACCCACCAAUCAAACAAACAAACAAAGUUGUCGACCAUUUACAGAAUCGGAGCAAAAAUGAAAUCAGAAAAAUGUGUAUCAAAGUAAUUGAAGUAAGAUGUGAUUGGAAGGAAUUUUUCUCAGCUUGCUAAUAGUAUGUACCAAGCAUUAUUGAAGAAAAAUGCAGGCGAUGAACUUAAAAAAAAUGUCUCUCAAUAUCAACAUCUACUAUUAUAUAGACUACAAUCCAGAAAAAAACUCCUACUUUUGAAAGAUCUAGAAACGACUGUUUUAUCAUUCAAUCAGCUUUUUAACGGCAUCUAGAGGUUCACUUACGAUUUAGUCCUUAGAUAGUCUUAGUGGGAACGAACAACUUUGAAGUGUCAGUGUUUAAAAAAGUGACAAUAUUUCGAUUGCCGGCUAUGUCAAAUCCAAUUGAUAGCCAACUCAAAAGUCUUUACAGGCUGUCCCUCGAAGACAUUUCUCUAAGAAAAGUGGCUGUCCUUUUGGUUAGUGACCCUGUCAAGUAUAUAUCUCCCUCUACUGUGGCUUAUAGAGAUGGCGAGGAAAGGUUAAAAUUAAAACAUGAACUGUUCAAAAGCAUUGUAGCCGAACUCUGUUUACCUGAAUCGAUGAGGGAGCCGUUAGUUAAUCUACUAAAUCUUAUUUUUAUGGAAACAUAUAAAUGGUCGAAGUACCACCAGUUUUUUUUAAAAUCGAAGCAUUCAAGUUUUCAGUGUCCAGAAUAUCUAAAACACUUGCAUUGGACACAUAUGGGGACUAUAAAUUUUCGGAAAACAGCUGAGGCAAUGAUCCGCGAUGAAAAGUUUGACAUCAACAUGCGAUUUAAGUUAGCUUGUCUGUAUUGCCUUGAUGAAGAUAUUCAAAACAUUUGGCAAAAAAUGUCCCCGCUGAAUAAAAAGUGUUUUUAUAACAAUGGGCAAUUUCCUCCAUGCAAUGAUACGGGAGAAAUAAUUAUUUUUUGGACUUGCAUCCUAAAAGGAAGAGUAGAUAAGUUAGAAAACUAUCUUAUGGGAUGGGUAGGGCACGACUCUUCUAUUUAUCAACAAGCUUUUGAAUUGUUUGCGAAGAACGGUUAUGAAACAGCGACUCAAUAUUUUUUUGAAAAGUUAACUUGCGAGGAAAAAGAUGCGUCAUUGGUGAGAACGGCCGAAUAUGUAGCAGAAAACGUGAAUGGCAGCUUUCAACAAUACACCGAGGUUUUCUGUUAUUUGUUGACCAAGAUGAAUACGGAACAGUUUCAGUACGUUCUCGAACAUUCAUCGUGUGAGAUCCUUAGAAGCUUUCUGAAUUGGCCACGGCAAGAUGCUUUUCUCGAGGUUGCACAGCUUGUAUUGCCGUUCUUUGUAGAAGACGAUUAUGAAAUGCUGCAGUUUGUUCUGUUACAACAAUUUAAAUACUUAUAUAAUCCUUCAAAACUUUUUCGGAAUCUUUUUCUGAUCACUCCUAAAGGUUUCAGACAUUCCAUAAAUUAUUUAGAUAAUUUUUUUAAACGUAAAGAUACUGAAAAUAUCAAAUUUAUGUUUACAAAUAUGGACCCUGAGGAAACGUUGGAACUUGUCUUGAGUCGUAAAGCACUGCACAAUUGUUACGAACAAAUAAGAGAAGGCAAGUUGGAUUUUGUGGAAUUUUUUAUUCGCGAAUCCAGGCUGUCCAAAGAAGACAGAGAGAGAUUUUUGGUAGCAUUAAAUUUUUAUGCUCCAUCACUUUUCGAGCUGGACGUUGGUGCACAUUUCAUUAAGCUGGUGAACGAUAUUCCUUAACGGUACUUCUAAGUAUACGGUCUAGAUAACUGCACUUCUAACCGUGACUUCUCAAUUUGCAAUAAAAUAAAUUAGAUGGAUCCAAUGGAUUUUCAAGCACGUAGGCAACCAGAUGAAGAACUAAUAGAAGAAAGGCCAGCGACGAACAAUAAAAACAUUUAGGAAGCAAAUAAUAAUAACUGGCAAAGAAUUUUAUGUUAUUUUCUUACCACAGAUUAUCAAGAUUAUAAAUCAGAAAACAUAAACAUUCCAAUUUUCUAGGAGGUAAUUUGAAGAUUUGAUUCAGAAACCGCUUGUCUAUUAAUUUUCUUUGUAAGAUCUGUUUGUAUAUUGUAACUGUAUGUUUGUUGUCUGAUAUCGCAAAACAAAACUGCACAGUGUUAUAAAAAUGCUUCGUGAUACUUUGCUCUUUUUGAAACUUUUUUUUUUCAAAAUUGUGAAUUCUAAAAUGGCAAUUGUUAAAAAAAAAAAAUCUAACG